UAUAUGAGAAGAACCUCCGCCAAAAUUUCCGCACCUCAACCAUGUCGGAACCAAAGGACCAGUCGGUGACUGAGCCAAAUAUCCCCCCGGAAGGGGGCGUCAAAGGCUGGUUGACCGUGGCGGGUGCUUUUUGCGCGCUCUUCUCUUCAUUCGGCUUUUUGAAUGCGAUCGGAGUAUUCCAAACCACCUACCAAGAGACGUCACUCAAAGACUACGAUGCAUCUGAUAUUUCCUGGAUUUUUGCCGUGCAGCUGGCCCUCAUGUGGGCGCCAGGGCCGCUUUGGGGUCGCAUCAUCGACACAUACGGCCCCAUUCCGGUCCUCUGGCCAUGCAGUUUUCUGUGUGUCCUGGGCUUGUGCAUGACCAGCCUGGCACACGAGUACUACAAUAUUUUCCUUGCGCAGGGUCUUUGUUUUGGAAUUGGAGCGGGUGGAGUGUUCACGUCCGCGAUGAUCUGUGUCGGACAGUGGUUCGUCCGCCAACGGGGUCUCGCCACGGGUGUGGCUGUUUCUGGUAGCUCACUGGGAGGCGUAAUAUUUCCGAUUUUCCUUAACCGUGUUAUCGAAGAUAUCGGCUUCUAUGGUGCGGUGCGGUAUACCGCCCUCUUCGUCGGUGUCAUGUUGGUACUGGCGUGUGUGUUCAUCCGCAGCCGUCUGCCGCGCAAAGAGUGGAACGGGAAGGCGGCAUGGAUUGACUUGACCUUGUUGAAGGAGAAGUCGUUUGGGCUGUAUACCGCGGGCGCGUUCUUCGUAAUGUGGGGACUAUGGGCCCCGUUCGACUAUAUUUCCAGCAUGGCGAUGAACGCGGGGUUCUCAUCCACCCUGGCGUUAUACCUGAUCUCCAUCAUCAACGCCGCCUCCGUCUUCGGCCGGUUAAUUCCCCCUCAACUAGCCGACGUAUUCGGCCACUUCAAUGUGUUCAGUCUCUGCUGCUUCGCCACCGCAGUGUCCAUGCUCUGUCUCUGGCUACCAUUCAACUACCACCCUUCGCAUGCAGGGAUUAUCGUCUUCGCCGCUGUAUACGGCUUCUCCAGCGGCGCAGUGGUGUCUCUGAUGAUGCCCUGUGUGGCCAAAGUGGGGAACAUACAAACACUGGGUCAGCGAUUUGGGACGUUCCAGCUGAUCAUGUCACUGAGUUGUCUGACCGGGUUACCGAUCAUGGGCGCCAUUCUGGAAAAGCAGGACUAUAAGGAUUAUUCGGGGUUGCAGCUGUUUGGAGCUUGUUGUGCGUUACUCGGGUCUUUGUUGAUUGGGGGGUCGACGUUUUUGCUGAGGAGGAUGCGGAACACGAAAAAGAUAUAGCGCCGGGUUGGCGUGUGCUUUAGUGUGGAGGAGCUUGGGUAGAUGCCGAUUAAUCCCGUCAUAAUACCCCAGGUUAGAGGAAUGUUUAAUAAAAUAGAACAGACUGUACC